AUGACCGCAGGAACCGCCAGGCUACCGGCGGUAACCGUUCUUCGCACCGCUGAAGACGAGGAAACGGACCUAGAAACCUUCCGAGAAAAUCGUCUCAAAGGUGCAUACGAUGAGUGGCCAAAUGAAGCCGGAUUUGACGGACUCACAGAAGAGCGCGGUCCCAUCGAGCUCAAAAUCCAAGGAGAGAUCCCGGCCUGGGCCGCCGGCGCAUUAUACCGAACCGGCCCGGGCUACUGCAAAGUCGAGGACACGCCGAACGGAACUUACUACAUCUCCCACUGGUUCGACGGCCUCGCACACACGCACAAGUUCGACAUCAUCCCCCCGGAGCCCGAAUCGUCCGGCAGCACCCGCGUGCUCUACUCCUCCCGGCGCCAAUGCGAUGAGCUUGUCAAAGAGAUUCAGACCUCGGGCCCCCAGGGCCGCUUCACCUUCGGCCAGCGCCGCGACCCCUGCGUCGGCCUUUUCGGCAAGGUCAUGAGCGUCUUCUCCAGGGGCACCGGCCCCAACGUCUGCGUCGCCGUCAACGCGAACGUCCCGGGCCUCACCUCCUCGGAGAAGACGGUCCAAGGCCCCGCCGCGCCGGGACACCGCAACGGCGUCCGCAGCGUCUGGCUCUCCACCGACGCGAACCCCCUCCUCGAGAUCGACCCGGACACGCUCGAGCCCGUCGGCACCGCCCGGCAGGACAAACUCCACCCGGACCUCACGGGGCCCCUGUCCUGCGCGCACGCCCAGCGCGACCCCGAGACCGGCGACAUGUUCAAUUUCAACCUCGGCUUCGGCCGCACCGCCACCUACCGCAUCUUCCGCGUCAGCGCCGCCACCGGCAAGACGGAGAUCCUGGCGUCCAUAUCCGAGUCCCAGGCCCGGCCCGCCUACAUCCACAGCUUCUUCCUGUCGAAAAGCUUCGUCGUGCUCUGCGUGCCCUCGACCCACCUCGGCCUGAACGGCCUCAAGGUCCCCUGGGAGCGGAACCUCCUCGACGCCAUCGAGCCCUUUGACGAGUCCAAGAGGUGCCGGUGGUACUUCGUGGACCGGCUGCAAGGGAAGGGCCUCGUCGCGACCUUCGAGACGCCCGCGGGCUUCUUCUUCCACUCCACCAACGCCUUCGAGGAGCCGUCCGCAGACGGCGACGGCGUCGACGUCUUCUGCGAGGCCGCGAGCUACCAGAACCUCAACAUCCUGACGAACCUCUACUACGACGUCCUCCUCAACCGGGACGACGCGGCCAACAAAUUCUGGCAGCACGGCGACCGCGUGAAGAACGGCUACGCGAGCCUCCGCCGCUACCGCUUCCGAAUCCCCAACAACGAAACCACCGAAAACGCGCCACAAGAACCAGAACUCCUCCUCUCCAUCCCGGCCCCGCACGCCGGCGAGCUCCCGACGAUCAACCCGGCCUACCUGACCCGACGCCACCGCUACGUCUACAGCCUCUCGGACCGGGGCCUCAGCACGCUGCUCGACACCAUCGUCAAGACGGACGCGGACGCGCGGGCGGCGCUGAUGUGGCAGUGCCCGCGGGCGCACACGCCGGGCGAGCCCAUCUUCGUGCCGCGGCCCGGGGCGGAGGCGGGGGCCGAGGACGACGGCGUGGUGCUCAGCGUCGUGCUGGACGGCACCGCGCAGAAGAGUUACCUGCUCUGCCUGGACGCGCGGACGAUGACGGAGUUGGGGCGCGCCGAGUGCGGGUUCGUCGUCGGGCUGGGGUUCCAUGGUAUUCACGCUCCUUCGGGGCCGGGGAUGAGUUGA